CAACGCUUGCAGGAAAGGAAGGAAAGGAAAGAUUUUGAACGCGGCAUUUGCAUCCGAUCCCUCUCUGAAGCAAGAGCAGGGAGAUAAGGAAAAAUGAGGCUGUUGAGAACGAAUCUCUUCAGAUUAUGACAUUACCUCUAUCGAAAUUCAAUGAAAAAAACUUAGAUAAAAGACGACGCUUUUUAAACGCAAGCAGUGACAGCACGCAUGUGUCCUCGUGCUGGAAAAUUUCAUGCAUUGCUUCUUGUCCUGUGCAUACGACUUCAUCUCUCUCUAGAUCUCCGAUUCCUUCCUCCCCUACUACUUUUUCCACUCCGUUUCCGCGGCUGCUCCUGCCGCCGCCGCUGGCGGCUCCAUAACAGAGCGGACGACGACAUUUCUACGGUGUCGUGUGUAAUGAAUCCGAAGAUGUUGAGCUUUUGGCAGUGCAACAAUAUUCAAUCUGCGGGUCACAUGAGAUAUGGAAAAGAAACGACCAUCCGUGAACACCACCACCACACCCCCCCUCCUGGAAUAAUAGCAGCGAGUCUGAAUUUAUGGCCAGACGGGGAAGGGGUAUGUCGAGGCGGCAUGCGAGACAUUCACGACACGAAGGCGGGAUGCCACAGGCGGGCGGGCGGCAAAGUGUGGAGAUGGAGAUAAAGAAGCGCGAAGGGCGACGAAGGGGGAGCUAGGAAAGGGGGAAGGAAGUCCUCAUCUCGAAUUUAUGGAAAGGUCACAAUAUCGCGUACAAUCCACCUCCGUUGCGAA